AAAUGAUUUUGGGUCGGGAAACCUGUUGUCCGGUCGUUCUUGCCGACAAGGUCUAUAAAAGGUAAUCCGGGGAAGGACGAAGAAGAUCAUCAAUUUUUUCUUGUCCGUCUGCGCUUCCGUCUUCCUCCGGUCUCUGAUUAGCUUCAAACCAAAAUUCAAGCAAGUUUCGCUAACUAAAUAUCCCUUCAGCCAAAGUGUUCAUGUCUGGUCUCGACGUCCAGCUCCCCACCGCUUUUGAUCCGUUUGCUGAGGCAAAUGCUGAGGAUUCAGGUGCGGGAGCAAAGGAGUAUGUGCAUGUGCGCGUGCAGCAACGCAACGGGCGCAAGAGUCUGACUACCGUGCAAGGAUUGAAGAAAGAGUACAGCUACACCAAGAUCUUGAAGGACCUCAAGAAGGAAUUCUGCUGCAAUGGUACUGUUGUCCAGGACCCUGAACUAGGCCAGGUCAUACAACUUCAAGGUGAUCAGCGCAAGAAUGUCUCGACUUUCUUGGUUCAGGCUGGUAUUGUGAAGAAGGAGCACAUCAAGCUGCAUGGUUUCUGAUUUACAACUUGCCAACCAAUAAGUAAUAGAUUAUAAGAUUUGGGGGGCUGUUACUGGACAUUUAUUUAGAUUGUUAUUUUCUGUUUUAUUUGGAUUGUUAGUUUCUGCUUUAUUUGGAUUGUAUUACAAAUGCUUGCUGUACCUCUGAAACUUGAGGAAGAGGGCUCAUCAUCUGCCGAUGGCUUUUUUCCAGCAUCUUUGUUACUCUAUAAAUAUAUGCAUAUGUUUUUGUGA